AUGGAGAACGAGCAGCUCCCAGCGCCUCCGCCUGCCAGCAGCGCCGGCGGCACCGCCACGACGCCCAGCAGCACCGGCACCGCCCGCCCAACUGCUCCCCAGAUCUCCGUCUACAGCGGCAUCCCCGACCGCCAGACUCGUCCAGUGAUCCAGCAAGCGCUGCACCGGCAACCCAACACGGCGGCGCAGUACCUGCAGCAGAUGUACGCGGCGCAGCAGCAGCACCUGAUGCUGCAGACGGCCGCGCUCCAGCAGCAGCACCUCACCAGCGCCCAGCUCCAGAGCCUGGCCGCCGUCCAGCAGGCGAGCCUGGCGGCGAACAGGCAGAGCGGCUCGUCGGGUGGUAACGGCGCCCAGCCGGCACCGGCACAGCAACCCACGAUCAACCUGGCGACGUCGCCGGCAGCCGCGCAGCUCCUGAAUCGGGCGCAGAGCGUCACCCCCGGCGCCUCCGGCAUCGCGCAGCAGGCCGUGCUGUUGGGCAACGCCGCCUCGCCCGCCCUCACCGCCAGCCAGGCCCAGAUGUACCUGCGGGCGCAGAUGCUCAUCUUCACGCCCACCGGCCCCGUCAGCGCCGUCCGGAGUCCCGAGAGCCCCGCGCCGGCACCGCCGCCGGCACCGCCGCCCGCCCCGCCGCCCCGCCACCCGCAGGUGCACAGCCUGGCCCUGCGCCCCGCACCCCACCUCCCCGCCCUGGCCAUGAAGCCCCCCGGUGGCCCCCCACGGGCCGGCCCCCCCCGGGGCCCCCCACCCGACCCCCCCGCCGAGCACCUCAAAAAAGCCGAGGGGCCCGACGCCCGCGCCCACCCCCUGGCCCGUGCCGGCCCCCCUGCCGCCCACCCGCUCGUCACCCCAGCCUACACCCCGCUGCAGCCCCCCCAGUUCCUGCAGCAGCCGCCGAAGCCGAUGCAGCCGCAGCAGCAGCAGCAGCAGCAGUUCGUCAUCCAACAGCAGCAGCAGCUGGCGCCCCGCGGGCAGCACCCCCGGGCCCCAGCUGCCCCCCAACUCCAACCCCUGCCCCCCGCCAGCCCCGGCCCGGCCCCCCAACCCAAAGCGGGGGUCCCCCAAGGAGCGGGGGGCGAGGGCGGCCCCCCCAACGGUCACCCCGGCUGCCACGCUGCCCCCCGCAAGUUCCAGCACGCCUCCGCCGUCAUCCUGCAGCUGCAGCCCCGGCCGGCGCCACGGUGUGUGCACGUGCGCUUGAUCCGUGUGUGCAGAUCCAUGCGUGUGUGCAUGUGUCCCCCACUCGGGGUCCCCGAGGGCACCCGCCGGGACCCGCUGCCCGCCCCGAGGAGCGCCGAGAGCCCACCCGCCGCCCCGCCGCAGCCCCCCGCCCUCUCGCCGCCCGCCGCCCCCCCGGGCCCCGACACCCCCGAGGGCGAGCGGCCCCCCACUCACGAGCCGCCCGCCGACCGCCUUCAUGCUCAGUCCCAGAGCCUCGCCAGCGUUCCCGGCAUGACCUCGGGGACCGGGAGCUCUGCCUCCACCGUCGCCGGCGCUGCCCCCCACAAUGGUGAGAACAAACCGCCCCAGGCCAUCGUGAAACCCCAAAUCCUCACCCACGUUAUCGAGGGCUUCGUCAUCCAGGAAGGGGCAGAACCGUUCCCGGUGGGGCGCUCCUCGUUGCUGGUGGGGAACCUGAAGAAGAAGUAUGCGCAGGAGCUGUUGGCUGAGAAACUUCCGCCGCAGGACAACACCACCACCACCGACUCCGAAAUGGAGGAACCCUAUUUGCAAGAAUCCAAAGAGGAGGGGAACCCCCCCAAACUGAAGUGCGAGCUCUGCGGCCGCGUCGACUUCGCUUACAAAUUCAAGCGCUCCAAGCGCUUCUGCUCCAUGGCUUGCGCCAAGAGGUACAACGUGGGGUGCACGAAGCGGGUGGGUUUGUUCCACCCCGAUCGCAGCAAGCUGCAGAAACCCGGCGGUCCCCCCCACGGCCGCCGUCGGACCUGCAAGGGGACGCUGCCCCCCCUCAGCAAAGACACCAAGAAGCAGCCGCCGGUUUCUCUCCCGCCGGGUUCGGUGCCUCUUUCCGUGACGGCGUCGUUGCAGCUCAACCACAGCCAAGAAGAUUCGAGUCGUUGUUCGGAUAAUUCGAGCUACGAGGAACCGCUCUCCCCCAUCUCGGCCAGUUCCUCCACGUCCCGCCGGCGGCAGGGCGAACGAGACCUGGAGCUGCGCGAGAUGGAGCUGCCCGACGUCCACGUCCGGGACCUGGCGAGCAUCGGUCAUCGCUUCCUCCCCAGCGAGCCCAGCAAGUGGAACGUGGAGGACGUCUACGAGUUCAUCCGCUCGCUGCCGGGCUGCCAGGAGAUCGCGGAGGAAUUCAGGGCGCAGGAGAUCGACGGGCAGGCGCUGCUGCUGCUGAAGGAGGAUCAUCUCAUGAGCACCAUGAACAUCAAACUGGGACCGGCCCUCAAGAUCUACGCCCGCAUCAGCAUGCUCAAGGACUCCUAGAGCCGGUUGGGGGGCGGGGAGGGGGGGAGCACCCAUGGGACCCCCCCUAAACCCCUGCCCGGCCGG